GCCCCCAGGGCUUGCCGAGCUUAGAUAAUUUUAUUCUGUGAUGACCAGGUCAUGUUGAGUGGCUGGUGUAAAUUUGGUGAGAUUCUAAGGGGUCCGUUUUUAUCAUUUUUAUCGAAUAUGAAUUUGGAAUCUGAAUUUGAAUUUGAAGCUAAGUAUAUAAACGUACGGCGACGAGGGUGAAGGCGCUGCAGAUUUUUACUAAAAAACGGAAAAGAUCUGCAUAAAAUGAACGCCAUUAAGCCCUGCAGCGAAGAGGAGGGUAUGUCCAAUGGUGUCAACAGCGGGCCGGAGGAGGACGAUCCAGUGGAUCAGGAGAGGCAGGAGAGGGAACACUUCCAAAGGGUCAUCAAUGCCUUCAAAUAUUACAGGGUGCACUUCCUGGGUAAGAUUGAGAAGAACGAGACGUUCAUGUCUCUGAUGACGACUCGGCAGCGCGAGCUCCUCACCGACUACGCCGAGCACCUGCGCCAGCUGCGCGUCUGCGUCGAGCACAACCACGAGAUCAUCAAACUGAUCCUGCAGGACGUGGGUGUCAUGUUCGAGAACAGCCGACACGACGAACAGGAGUUCCGGGGCCUGUCCCGUCCGAAUCUCUCCGAGAUGGAGAAGGUGAGCUCCGUACUACGUCAGGUGGUGCGCGACUGGAGCGUCGAGGGCGAGGCCGAGCGGCGUCAGUGCUACCAGCCGAUCGUCGACGAGAUCCAGAGGAGGUUCCCGCCCACCGGAGACACCCCCCUGAGCAGUAUCCAGGUGCUCGUCCCGGGUGCCGGCCUCGGCAGGCUGGCCUUCGAGAUCGCCAAGCUCGGAUACGCCUGCCAGGGUAACGAGUUCGCCCUCUUCAUGCUGUUCGCCUCCAACUUUGUGCUGAACCGGUGUCGGGGUACGCACCUGUACCGGCUGCACCCGUGGUGUACCACCCACGCCAACCACCUGUCUCCCGAGCACCAGGCAGCGGCCGUCACCUUCCCCGACACGGACCCCUCGCAGAUGCCGGCCGACGCUCUCUUCUCGAUGGCUGCCGGAGACUUUCUGGAGGUGUACACAGAGCCGGCCCAGUGGCACUGUGUGGCCACCUGUUUCUUCAUUGACUGCGCCAGCAACAUCGUACAGUUCAUCGAGACCAUCUACAGCAUCUUGCGGCCCGGUGGCGUGUGGAUCAACAUGGGCCCGCUGCUCUACCACUACUCUGAUAUGCCCAGUGAGGAGAGCAUUGAACCCACCUACCAGCACCUGCGGAAAAUCAUCACGGCCGUCGGCUUUACGUUCGAGAAAGAGGAGCAGGGUGUGCAGACGGCCUACUGCCAGAACCAGGACAGUAUGCUCCACUGGAGCUACAACUCAGUCUUCUUUGUCUGCAAAAAGCCGAGCUGAGGGGCGCCGGUCGCGGUAGCGCCUCCCGAUUGUGUGCGUGUGUGUACCUGCCGCCUACUCCGCGUUUGACCCCGCCCCGCCGCCGCUGCCGGGUUGUACUCGCUGGUCUGAGCACAGGCUGCUGUGUACUCGGACUGGACCUGAAUCUAUACCUCAGGCCACGACCCCGGCGCUCGCGUGUGACAGCGCCGGCGCCCAGUACGGGGUCUGACCGAACACAAUGUGAUAUCUCAGCGCAGAUCCGACUGGCCCGAAAGUCAUUUGGAAUCGUUUUACCUUUUGUAUCCUAGCGUGUUUUGAGCAGCUGGGGCUCUGAGCGCCAGAAGUGGUUAGUCGGCCCAUCGCCGACCGUGUAUAGGACAAAACUGUGGAGAAUGUAUCUCCUAUAUUGGGAGAAAUAAAUCGCAAUGAAAUGUU